UUGAUGUCCCGUGCCCGGUUUAGGAUGGCCGAGCAGGACCCUGUGCCCUCAUCCUGCGACUGCUUCGUGGCGUUGCCGCCGGACACGGCCGCCCCUGCUGUCAUCUUCGGCAAGAACUCCGACCGCCCACGUCACGAGGUGCAGGAGGUCGUCUACAUCCCUGCUGCCGUCCACCCUCCCGGGAGCAAGGUCCAGUGCACCUACCUGGAGAUCGAGCAGGUGGAGAGGACCCACGCGGUGGUGCUGAGCCGCCCUGCCUGGCUGUGGGGCGCUGAGAUGGGUGCCAACGAGCACGGCCUCUGCGUGGGCAACGAGGGCGUCUGGACCCGCGAGCCGGUGGGGGAGGAGGAGGCGCUGCUGGGGAUGGACCUGGUGAGGCUGGGUUUGGAGCGGGCCAGCUGUGCCCGGGAGGCGGUGGAGGUGAUGGCAGCGCUGCUGGAGCGCUACGGCCAAGGGGGGAGCUGCAAGGAGGAGCCGGAGCCCUUCAGCUACCACAACACCUUCCUGCUGGCCGACCGCUGCGAGGCGUGGCUGCUGGAGACGGCCGGCAGCUACUGGGCAGCACGGCGGCUCCAGGAGGGCAGCUGCAACAUCUCCAACCAGCUGAGCAUCGGCAGGGAGAUCAGCGCCGAGCACGCGGGGCUGCGGCAGCGAGCGCGCAGCCAGGGCUGGUGGAGCGGGCAGGGAGAGUUCAGCUUCGCUGAGGCCUUCUCCUUGCCCCAGCAGCCACCUCGCAUGGAGGCUGCCAAGGCUCGCUACCAGGCUGGCAAGGAGCUGCUGAGGCAGCAUGCAGGGCACAUCACGGCGGAGACCUUCAUGGCCAUCCUGCGGGACAAGGCCAGCGGCAUCUGCGUGGACUCGGAGGGGUUCCGCACGGCUGGCAGCAUGGUGUCAGUGCUGCCCCAGGACCCUGCCCUGCCCUGUGUCCACUUCUUCACGGCCACCCCUGACCCCUCCAGGUCAGUCUUCAAGCCUUUCAUCUUCGUGGCUGGCAUCAAGCCUGUGCCACAGGUGGCAUCUCCCACCUUCCACGACGACCCUGCCAGGCAGGUCCCACGCUUCCAGCGCAGGGUGGACCGGCGCCACCAGCUCUACCGCCGGCAUCAGGCGGCGCUGGAGAUGAUGGAGGAGGACCAGGAGAAGGGGCAGAAGCUGCUGCAGACGCUGCGGGACCUGGAGCAGCAGGGCCUGGAGGGGGUGAAGGCCCUGCUGGGGGGCAGGGUGACCCCCAGCCCCGAGGAGCUGGCUGACCUCUUCUUUGACUGUGUGGAGGCAGAGAUGAAGUUUUACACCUAAACCCCACUCAGGUGGGUGGGCUUGCCCCCCCUCCCUCCCCUCUCUGGCAUUGCUCCUUGAUAGGGGAUGAGAAAACCUUCCCAGUGCCCAGUCCUGGCUCCUCAUCUCCCACCACGGACCUGGGGUGGGCUUGGGCCCCCCCUCUAGGGCAUUGCUCCUGGGUAGAGGAUGAGAAAACCUCUCCAGUGCUCAGUCCUGGCUCCUCACCUCCCACCAUGGAUCUGUGUGGUGGGGAACUCCUCAACCAGCAUCUCCAGCCCUGCCUGGGGCUGUGGAGCCUCCAGCCCUGACUAGCCCCAGAGGAAGUGGCACGAUUGAGAGGUGGCUGUGGAUGUGGAGGGGGAAGAAGGAGGAUGUGAAGUGGGAUUUGGAGUGGGUUUUUUUCCCACCCUCAGGCAGAGCUGCCUGUGCUCAGCCCCUCUGGGGCUGGCUGUGGGGCUGGGGGCUCCGUGGCAGAGCAGUGAUCAGUGUAGGAAUAAAGAGGCUUUA